CACCCACGACCACGAGCGAGCGACACGUUUGUGUGUUGGCAAGAAUGAGGUUGUUUUCAUUUCGUACUAGUGUUUGAUAACUACGUCUUAGCCUUUUUUUUAAAUUGUUUGUUUGUUGAACCACAUUAGCCAACACACACACAGAAAGAUCCGCUUUCAGUGCAAAGGUGUUCGAUUUCGGGCUUGAACCGUGCCGCGGACGAAACCGGAUUCCGAGGAUUUCCCCCUCCUAGCAGUAUGUUGUGGUGGCGGAGGCUUUUUCGACCUGUGUUCUGUUCGCAGUUGCGACACAACGAUCCGCGCGCACAUCAGCUGUCAGUAGGUGGCCCCCUGUCAGAAACGCUGCUGCUGCUGGUGCUAAGUUCUGUGCGCACACAGGAAAAAGGAAUCGUUCGAUCCCCGCUUCAGUGGUAGUAGCAACGAGGGGGUGUACAAAAGGUCCAGAAGGGAGACGGGCAGGAUUCGCGCAAUCGGAUUAAGUUGUAUACGCUUGUCUCCGUUGCUCGCCCGCUCGCAUUUCCGCACUCACAAGCACGCAUACAACUAUUGUCUUAUUAAUAGCCAUCGUGUGUGUAUGUGUGUGUGUGCGUCUGUGUUUGAUAGCGUAUCGGAGAAGAGGCAAGACCGAUUGUUUUGGGUUUUCGUGUUUCGUCGCAUCGGUCGCUUGUACGCGCAACUGUGGCGCGUGCCUCUGUGUGUGUGUGUGUCUAUUGUGCGAACUUGACAUUUCAACGGCACGGUGAGCGCAUGAACGAGUGAGCGAGCCCUCCCCGACCCAGCUGUGUUCAUCGAGCCGUCGUGCGUGAAUUUGCGUGAGAGUGACCAGUGAGACGGGCGACGUUUCGUUCUACCGUUGUUUGUUGUUGUUGUUGUUGGCGAAACAAAAGACGGUGCCGAGUUUCGUUGCCUCGCAACAACACCCAUCCCCGAUCCCCACGGGCCCAUCCAAUCACGACAGUCAAACAGCGGACCCGCCAGCACUCAAUCUCACCGAGGCACAAUAUUAGUACUUGAUCUGACCUGAUCAGUCUUGUUCGUCGUGUGUUUGUGUGUGUGUGUGUUGGUGAUAUUGUGAUUCGAGGGCGAACAGCGAAAGUGUCCGUGAGUCAGAGCGGGCGGGCCAAAAGGAAGGAGAACACAAUGGUUGAUCGCUUUUAGAAAGAAAAAAACAACCCCGCACUCUGCCGUUGUGUGCGUCUCUGUGCUGUGAUUUGCUGUGCGUGGAACGACGAUCGAAAAGCCCAGUGUCCCCCAGUGAGUGUGUGUGUGUAAAACUAAUAAAACCCAUCAGCAAAGGAAUUUUGCUUGUGCAAGAGCCAGAUAGACAAAGCUUGUGUGUGUGUGUGUGUGAGUGAAGGUAAAAAAAAUCAUUUGGCGAAGCAGCAGCGAAGUUCCGAGAAGCGAGCUCCCGGCACCGCAAAACAAUCGUUUUGACAGCGCGUGAACGUGAGCAGAGGCAGCUAGUAGUGAGCGCGCGCCGCCCGCCUCGUGAGCGAACGGAAAACGUCAGGCGUCAUUCUCACCGUCGUCGUCGUCGUCGUCGCAGCGAGCAGCACAGGCACAGGCACAGGGUCGUGUUAAAAUCUGUGUCCCCGUGCGUGUGUGUUGUGUGUGCGUGUCCCUGUGCGUGUGAUUGUUAUACUACGGGAGCACAGAGCGUGAUUGACCAUCAAAUAAGAGCAGAAGAGAAAACCCGGCAGCGCGCGCGCCGCCGCCAACAGGGGCGGACCGUUUCAUCACACGCGACUCCAUCACCCACCCACCCACAGAACAGGCGCGUCCAGUUGCGGCGCGGUUACGCGAGCGAACGGUCGUUUGAAUGAACCGGCGGCAAUGGGAAUAAAGGCGAGCACCGCGAAUGGAGGACAGCAGAGUCCCCGGGCACGCACCUUCUCGACCAGCAGCAGCAGCGAUGUGGUGUCCGGCACCGCAGGCGCACCGUACGAAAUAUCGUCCGCUAAUCCCGAUCCCGAUAGUAGCUCGGCGGAAGAAAAUGCCGCGGCUAGUGCUCCGCUUGCUUUGGGAAGAGUGUACGCAACAUCACUACCUACUCAUAUCUGGUCAAUCAAUGGUAUAAAAUGUCCAGUAUGUAGCAAAUUUGUGACGCCUGACGACAUCGAGUGUCAUUUAGUAAUGUGCCUAACGAAGCCUCGCCUAUCAUAUAAUGAGGACUGUUUAACCGACGCAAAGGGCGAGUGUGUCAUUUGCUUAGAGGAUCUAUCUCCUGGUGAUAUCAUUGCUAGACUUCCGUGCUUAUGCAUCUACCAUAAAGUAUGCAUCGACAAAUGGUUUGAAGUGAAUCGUAGCUGCCCGGAACAUCCGGGCGAUUAGUGGAAUUCCAAUUUGUAACGAAAAAACAAACACAGCAACAUCAGCCGCAGCAGCAGCAGCAGCAGCAGUAGUAAUGAAUUUGCAAGAAAUGAAACUUUAAACUGCAAGAAGCCGUACUACACCCCACGCCCCCUUCCCGGCCGGCCACCGAACAUCUUUUUUUUAUUUUUAGGGGGAGGGGGAGACACAGAGAGAGAGAGAGAGAGAAAGAGAUCGUGUGAAAGAGGAGAUGAGCUCGAUUGUAUGUGCGGUGUGGUGUGCAUGUGCGCCUGAAAGGACAUUAAAUGGAACGGCGCGAAACAGGAAUCACGGAAUUAGUAGGACGGUACGACGCUUCCCGGCAGCAGCAGCAACACGAGCGAGCAUGGUGACGGAGGGUGACGCAGCAUGCCGACGGUGGAAUGGUGCGGCAACUACCAGCACGUAAAACACUGCGGGACGUUCAAUGCUGUUGAUGGUGUUUUUUGUUGUUGUUGUUGUUAAUGUUUGUUAUCGAAACCCGUUUGUUAUUUGCGCAGAGCGUCAGCAAGGUAGGGACAAGAGAAGAACGUCCCGUCCGAGACGGGAUGGGCAGGAGGCAGGGUUUCUUUUUUCCGUUCCGACUGUUCCCAGUUACAAUUUUUAUCGCCUCGGCCAUUGCUUUGACUAUUUUCCAUAUUGAUUACGCAACAACAAAAAAUACACACAAUUACACCUUACCGUUUCUUACGUAGACCCGAUCGGUUUAGCUUACUUUACUUUUGCACACCGAGCACGCUCGCAGCGCAACUAAACCCCAUUUGCUCAACGCCCAACGGACGAAAUAGCGGUGCAAAAUUGGACAUUUAAAUCCGCUUUUUUGGUUUUGUUUUGGGAUUUUUUUUAAAUUACUAUUUUAUUUUCUCUUUCCCCUUAAUACGCGCGUCAAAUUCAGCACGAAAAAAUAAGGACGCACUUUACAUUGGAUUACUUCUUUUUGUCCUCGUAAUUUACCACCUCAUCGGUUUAGGGCGACGCUGACAAAAUCGUUUCUAAAGCGCUUGGAGGUCGGCGGCGGUGGUGCAGUACCCCCCAGUAACCAAGAUCUCUUCUUGUUCUGUGCAAGGCAAAAUAAAAAAAACUAAACGAAAUGAAGAAAAA